AUGAAGCCAAACUACCCUUCUAAUCUUGCCAGUAAAAGAACACGAUUUUUUUUUCUUUUGAUUUUGGCUUUUAUUUCUCAGAUUAAGGCUGGUUCUCUGUUUCAAAUGUGUUUGGGAAAUGUGUAUAAUCGCUAUGACAAGUUCUUGGCUUUUGCUAAUAACACAGUCGACAAAGAAUUAAUGUGUUGUACUGCCUGUUCAUUAGAAUGUGUUGCUGCUCACGUGUGCCCCCCUGCAUCUUACGGUUGCGGUGUCUUUGACUAUGGAUUUUUUCAGGCCGAAUGUAACAGAAUAGGGAAAGGAACCUUUUGCAUUACCACUGGUUACAGCAACGGUCCAACUGUUGUGCCGGGUUCGAUAUGUGGAGGAAUUUUGGGCAACACAUUGCCAGUAAAUGCCCUGCUUGGAUCGUGUCCUGAUUUAGAUGCAGUAAGGAAAACAAUAAACGGACCAAAAACUUCGCAAAAUUUUACUUGGAUGUGUUGUGGCAGUGAUAGUUGCUCAGUUCCUAGCAACGUUUUAGUUAAUGUCGAUAAAAAAGUUGCUAGUACUAAUUGUGCUUAUGGUCAAUAUAGCAUGAUGUGUUUUUAUGAUAAUGGAGGUUGGAGUUGCACCGGAAGCGUUUCGACUAAUAUUGAUGACAUUACGAUACCUAUGGGAGAUUGCGUAAUGCAAAUAGCUAGUCCUGACAUUGAAACUAUUUCUUCUAGUGCUACUUCACCAGUAGCAGCAACCGCCACCUCUAUUAGUUUGGUUAAGAAAGCUACAAUUACCGGCAUUGGUAAUAACAAUCCUACUUCAACAAAUUCAAAAAGUUCGAGUGAUAGAGCCAAUACCAUUGCCAUUGUUUUUGGAAUAAUUAGUUCUACUUUAACUAUUCUUGGUUUAUACCUAGUGUAA